GCAGUCGUACGGUGAAUUAAAGUACACGCUAAUUGGCAGAAAAAAAAGAAAAAAAAGAAAAAAAAAAAAGAAAGAGGGAAAGCGUAACCCAAUAUGCGCAAGCGCGAUUCCUCAGAUUCUGAUUCCUCAGAAGCCCAUGAGAGCUCGAGUUCCGAGGAAGAUGGAACUUCCGGUGGUCGGAAAACCCAGGUCGAAAAGGGCGUGUCGGAGUACGAGAAACAGAGGCUGUCGAGAAUUGCGGCGAUCAAGGCCAGAAUGGAGGCUAUGGGUCUUCCCCAAAUGGCUUCCUCUUUGAUGGGUUCGGCUCAGAAUUCUACGAAAAAGAUGAAUAAGGGAAAAGCCAAGGGUAAGGAUGAUGAUGAUGAUUAUAGACCUGAAGAGGAGGGUCCCACCUCUUUUAGUGAGGAGGAGGAGGAGGAAAAAGAUGAUCAUGAUGAUGAUUAUUUGGGUGGAAAGGCUUCUGGGUCUGGCAAAAGAAAGAAGUCUGCGUCCAAAAAGGUGAGGAAUACAGUUCCAAAGUCUAAGAAGAAAGUUGCUGUUCGAAAGAUGUCAACUACUCCAGAUUACAUUGACGAUGAUGAUGCAUUGAAGAUGGCCAUUGCUCUUUCACUACAAGAUAAAGAUGGUGGGACUUCAGGGAGCUCUGAUAGGGUCAGUGCUAAUGUUAAUGAAACAAAGGGAAAAAUGCAGACCAAGGAAGAUGCUUGGAAUAAGAAGAGAAAAAAAUCGUUUGCUAGUAGGCUGCAGAUGACUGAGGAUGAACUUAUUCUCCACUUUUAUCAAUUUGAUGAAAAUUGGAAUGAUGGGAUUUCUGUGAGAGAUCUAGAAAGAGUAGCCAAGGCUCAUGACUUUACUUGGACAGACGAGGAAUUAUAUGAUAUGAUUCGUUGCUUUGAUAGUGAUGGAGAUGGAAAGCUGAGUCUUGAUGAUUUUCGGAAGAUUGCCGUACGUUGUCGCAUGAUAAAAGGGUGUGAAGAACCCUAAUGCUUCAAAAGUACAUGUCAAUUAUUACCACAUGAUGUAAAAUCUUCUUUUCU